CACUGCCCCCUUCAGACUCAACUAUGCUGGUCUCCGACUGAAAUAACCGAAGCGACGCGUCAAUCUUCUAACGAUGACUGUAGAGCUCCGAGUGCCGGUGGGCGGAUGAACAAGUCACGUCUUCUUCGGUCGGCAGCCGCCUAUAUUGCCUUCCUCGCCGGUAUUCUGCGACAGGCUGAAGAUUCGGAUUCAUCAGGACGCAUGGAAUCUCUCGAGCCUGAGGUUGAGAAGGGAUUGCUACUCCUCCGAGGCCACAGCAACUGGGAGUAUAAGAGGUAG